AUGGCAGAGGUUGUUGGCGUGAUUGCUGCCGCUGCUCAGCUGGCCGCAACAUGCCUCAGUCUGGUUGAGCUCGCGAGGAAGAUAAAAGGGGGCUCUUCCUCCCUCCGAAACUACCAGAAACAGCUCCAGGACACUCGAGAUCUCUCCCAAGCCAUUUCACAGAACCCUCUUCUCCAGACCCCUGAAGUAGAGGUCUACAUUUUCUCUCUGCUCACUCUUGUUAACGAACACGAUCUUCAACCGCUAUUCAGAAGAGGUCGCUUUUACAGAUCCUGGUCUUUCAUGUUGAAAGAUAGAGAGCUUUCUGAAAUCUCUACAUCUCUAGAAAGACACAAGACUCAUCUAUCCCUCAUCAUCCACAACCUCCAAGCACAAGCCAUCCAUCACAUCCAAGCUGAUAUCAAAGACAUCGCAAUGUCGCAGAGUCCAGACAAGCCUACAUGUGGAGAGCAUACCCAGCCCAACCAAGCGCCUACCACGCGAGAGAUGCCAUCCAAGGAGCUCGUCACCUUUCGGCGGUCUGAGGCUGACCCCGAAAAAGGCUCUCCACCUCAACAACGCGUCAGACUAGGGGCCCCUUCCAUGCCCAGCUCCUCGUCACCAAUCGACAUCUGCCCGGAAGAAUUCUUGCUGGCUUUGAAGAUGGCGAAUCGAUCCGUUGAAGAAAACCCGAAUUCGAACUUCUUCUAUAAGAACACUGCUCGCGGUGGGAAGAUGCGCAAUGGAAAUUUCUUUUCCAACGCCGAAUAUCCAGGAGGCGCGGGGGCCAACCAUAUCAGUCUGCCUCAAAGCAUCUAUGUAAACAACCAUGGCAUAGAUGUCACAGACUUACACAACGGCCAUUUUUACGAGCUCUGCGGCGACACCAGGGCCGACGUGCCGCAGUUCCGCGAGGACCUUUUCUUCAACAACACCAUGGUUUCCCAAACAUCGGGCGGUGAAAAUUUUGGCGGCGGAGAAAUUCACAAUGGAAAUCGCAUCAUCAUGGUCAGGGGGCGCAAGGAUAAGGGAAGAGAGGAUAAGAACGUGGAGAAGCAGCAUGGUAAGGAGGGCCAGACUUGA